AAGCCACUAGUUUAAUUUCGAUUUCAGAUUUUAAAGCUACAAGACAAGCACUUGAAGUCGUGCAGACCAAAAUGUCGGUAUACAGAGGGAGAAAGGCUCAUAAGAUAUUCAUUAUGUCAAAAAGCUCGUGUCAUAGGAUGCGGGUUGUGUUUUCUUUUUCUUGGAUAAUGAUCGACCGACUCAAUGGACAUGAUGCUGAUGGUCUACAUUAGUUGCUCAUACUGUUUGUACAGCAAGGCGAUUCUAUCUCAAAGGGGCAUCAAGGAGGUUUAACGUAAUGGAGAAGGGCUCAAAGAGUAAUUGCAGAUCAGCAUCUCACAAGCUCUUAAAGGACAAGGCAAAGAACCGUGUGGAUGACCUGCAAGGGAUGUUUAUGAAUCUGCAGGAUGCGAGGAAAGAAAGCCGCUCAAUUGAUGCGGCAGUCCUCGAGGAGCAGGUCCAUCAGAUGCUCCGUGAAUGGAAAGCUGAGCUUAAGGAGCCCUCUCCAGCGUCAUCUUUGCAACAAGGUGGUAGUCUUGGGUCGUCUGAAAUUUUUCGGUUGCUGCGGCUCUGUGAGGAGGAAGAUGAUGCCACUAGUACAUUAACUGCACCUAAGCCUGAGCCUAGGGAACAGAACCUUCAGGCGGGAGAUAAUGUGGUCUUGCAUGAGGUAUAUGUUGUGAAUAUUGGGCAGCAGGAACAUGGCUUUCCACUGGUAGAGCAAUGCAAAGACUCUCCUCUUGGAGUUGACAACAUGGCUGCUAAUAAUUUCGGAAGGACUAAUCAGUUGGAUUACCACAACUUUGAUUUGCAUCAAGACAUUGAGCAGCAAUUCUAUGGUGGUUUUGAUGUUUCGGGUUUCUGUGUUGAGGAUGCCAUGCCUCAUGUUUCUAGCUAUCUACCAAGUAUAUGUCCUCCCCCGUCUGCUUUCUUAGGCCCAAAAUGUGCACUUUGGGAUUGUCCAAGGCCUGCUCAAGGGUUGGAUUGGUGUCAGGACUACUGCAGUAGCUUUCAUGCUGCACUAGCAUUGAAUGAAGGUCCCCCCGGAAUGAGUCCAGUUCUACGACCUGGUGGCAUUGGCCUGAAGGAUGGUCUUCUGUUUGCUGCUCUUAGUGCAAGGGCUCAGGGAAAAGAUGUUGGCAUUCCAGAAUGUGAGGGAGCUGCAACUGCUAAGUCUCCGUGGAAUGCUCCUGAACUUUUUGAUCUUGCAGUCCUUGAGGGGGAAACAGUUAGAGAGUGGCUCUUCUUUGAUAAACCCAGAAGAGCAUUUGAGAGUGGGAACAGAAAGCAGAGGUCUUUGCCCGAUUAUAGUGGGCGUGGUUGGCAUGAAUCAAGGAAGCAAGUGGUGAAUGAAUUUGGAGGGCUUAAGAGAUCGUACUAUAUGGAUCCACAGCCAUUGAGCCACUUUGAGUGGCACCUUUAUGAAUAUGAAAUCAACAAGUGUGAUGUCUGUGCCCUGUAUAGACUGGAACUAAAGCUUGUCGAUGGUAAAAAGAGCACAAAGGGGAAAAUAUCACAUGAUUCAGUUGCUGAUCUGCAGAAGCAGAUGGGAAGGCUCACUGCUGAAUUUCCCUCUGACAACAAGCGGUCCAUUAAAGGAAGGACCAAAGUUAGUGCAAAGGCUGAACUUGGAAAUCCCUACCCGGUUCCAAAUCGAGUAGCGUCAGGUAAUGAAACAUUUGAUUAUGGCCUAGGUCCACAGUAUGAUUAUGGUGUUGAGAAUUUAAGUGAGUACUAUCUGACGUGAUUGAAAUAGACAAGAAAUCAUUCCAUAGUAGUUGCAGUGGAAGCAUUUCACCAUUAAGUGUUUAGAUUUACUUCAGCUUUCAUUCUCAAUAACACGGAGUUGAGUUGGGCUCGUUAUACAGCCACAUAUAUUUGUUGAUAGUUUAGUGUGGCAUGGGAGUUUGGCAUUACUGUCCUGGUUGCUGGAUCAGAUACGAACAUCGGGACGAUUAUCGGAAGGGAUGCAGCUGUUUUUAUUCGGUCUGCAUUUCUUAACUAAUUACAGAAUGCUGAACACCAGAAACUAGUCUAAUUGAAUUCGAUGUGGUGUAGCACUAUAUUGCUUUACUAUUUUACGUACAUACUGAAUAUGUUGGCAGCAUGUCUGCCAGUAGAAGAUAAUUUUAGUUUGUACCCUCUCCUUUCACUGAACAUGAGAUUAUAUGUCAAUGGUCAAAAUUCAACUCUUUGGCCUAAUAUUUGUUGACC